GCACCUACCUGGUUAAGGACUUAAUUGGUGAAGGAAGCUUUGGUAAAGUUGCCCAGUGUGUAAACUUGGGCACGUCACAGGCCAUAGCCCUCAAAGUCCUGAAAACCAAGUCAAAUGUGAUAUCCAAAAUGGAGAUCAAAAUGCUUGGAAUUGUGAGUGUUCUGGAUCCGGUAAAAAAGAGCAUUGUGAAGUUUAUUGAAAACUUUGAGCAUGAAGGGUAUACGUGUUUGGCAUUUGAAAUGCUAGACAUGAGCCUUUUCGAUUUUGUUGUCAAGAAACGUAAGAAGCCACUGUCUAUCAGUGAGAUACGGCCAAUUGCGCAUCAGUUGCUUACAGCCUUUGAGGCUCUGAAAGCUAUCCGAAUAAUUCAUGCAGACCUGAAGCCAGAUAACAUCAUGCUGGUAAACCAUUCAUGUGAGCCAUUCAGGGUUAAAUUAAUCGAUUUCGGCUGCUCCCUCCAGACCUCUGCAGUGACUCUUGGAAUGACCAUACAGCCUAUGGGGUACCGAGCACCUGAGGUCUCCCUUGGCCUUCCGAUCUCUGAGCAAGUGGACAUGUGGGGUCUUGGCUGUGCUCUCACUUUCUUGCAUAUUGGCCAGCACCUUUUUGCAACAAAUUGCGAGUACCAGAUGAUGAGUACCAUCGUACAAAUACGAGGGCAGCCAGCCGACUCGCUCCUCUUAGCAGGCAAAUAUAGCGAGAAGUAUUUCACCCACUUGAACUUUGAACAGUGGAAACUAAAGACUCCAAAUGAAUAUAAGCUUACGAACGGAGAAGAGACUAAAACAUGGAAGAUACGACUAAAGUCUCUGGAUGUCCUGAAAACUCAGAAUCAAGCGGAUACAAGAGAGGUGUUCAGCGAAUUUGAAGAUCAGAAUGAAUUUGUUAACUUUCUAAAAAGUCUUCUAAACCUUCAAGCUGAGAGAAGAAUCACACCGGCAGAGGCCCUCAAGCAUCGAUAUGUCUCUAUGGCUCAUCUGGUUCAUGAGAGUCACACAAGCUCAUAUGUGGACAACGCUUUUGAUCAAAUGCUGGUGUGCCCUAUUGAAGGAUUUGAAGAGGAGCUCAUCUCAGACAGCGAGGAUGAGGACAGGCCUGCCUACCACCUCAUUUUACACUCAUGCUCCUCUGACGGAGCAGCAGACACGGGACAUUGGAGCAGUAGUGACUCAUCUAACUUGGCAUCAGCAGCUGAGAGACGAACUGAGCAGGAAGCGCUUGAGUCAGUGCAGGCUUAUAAACAAACUGACCAAGUUGAACUUGAGCCAGUACAGCCGAACCAAUGUGAAAAAAAGACCCCAGUUUUUGUGUGCAGUGGUUGUGGAGUCUUGUUUGAAAAGUAAAUAUCAAAAACGGACUCAUGAAGAAGAAAAUGUGUACAGUUACACUUUAAAAUGGGUUCAGAAGAGCAUGGCCACGAAAACAAGUUUGAAAGAUUUCCACCAUUGAUGGAAUUCCCUCUGCUAACGUGUAGUUGUUUUUGUAUUCCUCACUCAAACUGCCAGGGACGUUCAUUAGAAAAGACAAGUUUGAAUAAAAGGAUUAUUUUUCUACUUGCAGUCACCUCAUAGCCUAAAAAGCAAACUUUGUUGACAUUCAUGAGCACAUCGACAGUGACAACUCAUCCACGAUAAGACGUGUCACACUCAAGGUCGCGUGGGCCACAUCUGACC